UCUGGUUACAGAUGGGCACUUUGGUUCUUCAAAAAUGACAAAAACAAAACUUGGCAAGCUAAUCUGCGUCUGAUAUCCAAAUUUGAUACAGUGGAAGACUUUUGGGCACUUUACAAUCAUAUACAACUCUGCAGUAAUUUAAUAUCGGGCUGCGAUUACUCUCUCUUUAAGGACGGUAUUGAACCUAUGUGGGAGGAUGAGAAAAAUAAACGUGGUGGGAGAUGGCUGCUCACCCUUUCUAAGCAACAAAGAAAAACUGAUCUGGAUCGUAUUUGGUUAGAAACUCUACUGUGCCUUAUAGGAGAAGCAUUUGACGAGCACAGUGAUGACGCAUGUGGUGCAGUAGUUAAUGUUAGAAACAAAGGUGACAAAAUAGCUAUAUGGACUACUGAUUGUGAAAAUAGAGAAUCUAUCACAUAUAUAGGGAGAAUUUAUAAGGAAAGAUUAGGUCUCCCUCCUAAGGUAGUGAUUGGCUACCAGUCGCAUACAGACACUGCCACAAAAAGUGGAUCAACGACCAAGAAUAAGUAUGUUGUUUGAGAAGGCACCAGUUGUUCGUUCAUCAUUAGAAGACUGGACACGUAAAGCAAUCUGAACUAAACCAAAGCUUCUAGUAAGCAGAUUGGACUGCAUUCUAAUAUUACACACAAGUCUGCAAGUUUUCAGUCAAUUUUCUAUUUUUGACUUUGUUCUCAGUGUUCUGUGGAAGUAACCCUUUCCCGUCAAAAUGUUUUAUUAAACCGAUUGACUCCUGAAAUUUUCUGGGAAAAGACAUUGCUUUUAAAGUAAACCAAUGUAAAGGAUAUAAGUUUUGUUAUAAUAGUUCCCCCAUUUACACUAAUAUGGCAGGGUUUAGAAAAUAAAACAAUGCUGGGGGCGGGGGCUGGGUUUAUAGAAGGAUUGUUAGUCAUUUUAGAAGGGAAAGGGUUGAUUCUCGUGUCUAAAUGUUAUAGUGCUUAGUAAUUUAGUUCUGAUUCUUGGCUUUGUUUUUAACAGCUAGCAGUGAGACUUGCUAUAAUCUGUGCUUUGAUGUUGGUUGUUAGAUUUAAUUUAUUUUUCUUGAUUUGAAAUUUUAAAAAAAGCUCUGUAAUAGCUUAGCUAAUUUAGUUCAUGAGAUGUAAUGCGUGGUUUGGGUCGGGGGGGGAAUUGUAUUGAAUUGGUAGUAUUAAAAAAUUGCCACGUGUAUUACUUACAGCUCUUGAUAUAUUAAUACAAGAUACAAAGUUUGAUUUGAAACUUUGACUUAAAUAAGCUUUUUCAGUUCACGAGUCCUUUUUUGGACUAUCGUGUGGAUUUUUUUCUCUUCCAAAAAAAAGUAUAUGUUUUUUUUAAAAUUGUAAUUACAUUCCUUGCUCGAGAUGUUAAGAUAUAUUAAAAUCCUCUAUGUUUUGUAUUGUUACACUGCAUUUCAAAACGUGUAUUCCUUGGAAGAAUCUAUUUGCAUUGGGUUGUUAAAGGCUGAUUUAGGAAAGCAGUCCCAAAAGCAUUCAUAUUAAAAGUGUAAAAAUAAAACUGUAAA